CCAACCCUCGUCAUGAACCAAGCAUAAAUAUGUCUUCCCAUGCCAUGUGUUUGUGCAAGGUUACCACGUUUCUCCAACAACACAAACGCUUAAUCAGCUCGAACCCAUUGUCCAGCCGGGCUCCGGAGUCCCCUAGAACGAACGGGAACAAGGAGGACCAGACAGGAGAUCCAAACCAACGUCCACCGCCAGCAAUGGCGUCGGAGUGCUCCUUCGCCCACGGCGUCUCCCUCCCCGCGCACCGGCCGCCCCUCGCCUUCUUCACCUCCUGCAGGCUGCGGCACGGUGCCGUGCGCACGGUGGCGAACCAUCGGGUCGUGGAGGCGGCGAGGCCGGUUUCGGUGGGCGCAGCCAGGAGGAUGCUCGGCUCAGCCAGGUACGGUGGGCAUACGGCAGCGCCGGGGCGCGCGGAAGAUUCGGAGGUGGCCGUACCGGCGUCGGUGCCGGUGCGCGUUGCCUACGAGAUGCAGCUGGCAGGACACCGCUACCUCGACGUCAGAACGGAGGGUGAGUUCGGUGGUGGGCAUCCGGCAGGAGCGGUGAACAUCCCCUACAUGUAUAGCACCGGCUCAGGAAUGGCCAAGAACCCGCACUUUCUCGAGCAAGUGUCAGCGAUCUUCGGCAGGGAUGACGAGCUCAUCAUUGGAUGCCAAAGUGGCAAGAGGUCCCUCAUGGCAGCAGCCGAACUCUGCUCCGCUGGCUUCACUGCCGUGACCGACAUCGCUGGAGGGUUCUCGACUUGGAGGGAGAACGGACUGCCGGUCAUUGGACGGUGACAACGCGGGCUUCUAAAAAUGUGGUUGAAACAUCAUAAUUUGUCUUAGCAUACUCUGAGACACCAUGUCAGUGCACUGAAUAAGCAAAAUGGAGUUUGAUAUGAUGUACUCCUCUGUACCACAAUACUUGUAGCUGGGGAAACUAAUACAAAUCCCCCAACUGCACGGAAAUUGUUUGGCGUGGACGAGCUCGCGCGCUCUUGGUAUCCUCAGGCGUUCGUUCCCUUGGAGAUGCGGGAUGUCCCUGGUAUUGCAGGUGGCAGGUGAGGGUUUUUUUUAAUGCGUGUACGUGUGUGGGAGACGAUGUUGUCGGCCGACGACAAAGGGGGUUUGACAGGGUUUUGUGACGGGUCGUUUGUUCGACGUCAAAGCAGCGCUGGAGCAUGCUGGCUUUGGUCAGAGGCGUCAACCAGGGUUUCGCUGCACUGGAUCUCUCGGCGGCUGCAUGGAGGCAUGCAUAAACUAUUCCACGGUCUGGGUGAUCAGGGAAACACCGGAAUUUAAUAUAAUGCUCAGGGCCCACCAUCCUGACAACUAAUGUUGUGGUUAAUGUGCUCCUGGUUUGACAACAUCAUUUUAAUUUGUCCUUUUAUUACUACGGGUGGCGGCGUGAGGGAGUGGUUGGUUGAAGCGGAAAUACUGCGCUAACUAGUGCUGGUGAAUUAGCGGUGAUGUUUUUUUAGCUAGGGAAAUUGUUAUCGGUAAAUGCAGUAUGCCCGCACGCGUGGAAAAAAAUUUAUAUUCGGCUUGCAAUUGUUUUCUUACUAAUCAGAAAGUCAUUGUAUUAUGGAAGGUGGGAACAUUUUACUUAUAAGUUUUUCGUUCCCGAGAGUGCGUUGUCCGGUAUGAACAGUGGGAAAAAAUGUAGCCAAUUUUCAACAAAAUUUUACGUCAUUUAUUGUACAUGUCCGUGUUAGUGGGAAAAGAACCCACAAAUUUUUCCAAGCGAAUGGAGCACAGGUAUUUUCCCGGCGGAAAAACAUAUGUAGAGAGACAUUUGCUGAUAACAUUGGUGUUUAUUUUCAUUUUAUUUUUCAUAUGUAGAAUGGAGUAAAGGUGCUUUCGCCAAAUUGAAAGAUGAGGAUGAUGAUAGUGAUGAUGCACCAAGAAGUGGGAGAAACAAGGGAAAAUCGGAUGGAAACAAGAAGGAGAAAGUAAGAGUGAAGAGGACUACCGAGGCAACCACUUUGAGAGAUCAAAUUAGUUACACGGAAAAGAUGAAAUAUACCAUGCUAGCCAAGAAUUGGGAUGCUAUAAAGUGGGCAUGGCCGAGAAAAAAGAGAAACACAAGGAGGAGAAGUGGGAGAAGAGGUGUGCCUUUUGAGGCGCGCAAGAUCGCCCUAGAGGAGCAAAAGAGAAGGACGAGAGGACCGCCUAGGAGGACUGGUUCAUGUUGAUGAAUCGAGAGGGCAUGAAUGCAACGGCAAGAGAAUUUUGGGAAUUGAGAAGAAUGGGCAUCAUGUGUCGCAGAAAGAUGGAGCUUCAAAAUCUUAUGGUCGGUGGUGGUGGUGUUGGGUUUGGAGGGGUUUUUGCUUUCGGCAGUGUUGGUGGUGGUGAAUAUGGAGGUGGCGGUGGCUUCGACAUGAGUGGUGGAGGGUUUGGAGGUGGUGUUCGCUUCAGCAAUGGUGAUGGAGGUGGGUUUGGAAGUGGUGUUAGUUUUGGCAUUGGGGGUGGAGGUGGUGAUGUUUUUGGCAAUGGUGGUGGUGGUGCUUCGGCAAGCAAUUUGGAUGGUGGUGGUGGUUCCCAUUCUCCGGUCCAAGUUGUUGAAGAUUGUGGUGCUCUUUCUCCGGUCAAUGUGGAUGAUGGCUAUGGCGGUGCUAUGGCCGGUGGUGGCGGCGAUGAUUUUCAUAACACUGAGGAUGUUUCUUGAUUUUUUUUCAUGACCGGUUGUCAUUCAACCAUGUUUUAUUUUGUUUGUUGAUAAGGCUAAACUUGCUACCUCGUAUGUUGCCCAUGAUUUGGGAUGUGAUGAACUAGUGAUGUAUACAUAAAUUUCGUGUAU